CAGAGGCAGCACUUGUCUUCUACGGCACUACCACUGCUAGUCCAUCUCCAUCACCAGCGCCACCUUCCCAGCUCUCAACCCGCAGCAAUAAUGGUAAUCACGUCUCUGCAGCUUUCCCCUCCAAUCCAUGGCCUUCCGGCGACGGCGAGAAAUGGCUGCGGCGGCAGAAGGCUACUGACGUCUGUGGCGUGCUGCAAGCACAACCAGCCAACUAUUGUUCAAGGAGCAAGGCUAACAAGCAGCUUAUCCCGUAGAGAUACCCUGAUAUUCAUGUCAUCUGCGUUCAUAGCAACGCUGUUGGUGGCUGGUCCUGCACCUGCAGGCGCAAGAACCUCCAGGCAAGAGAACAAGAGGAAAGUAAGGGAGAAGCUGGAGAAGCUCCGAGAGAAGGCAUUAGGCCCAGAUGAUAGAAAUGGAGCCAGCGGUAAGAAGGAAUCCGUGGCGAAUUUGUUGCUUCCUCCUAAAUUGGUCGAGGCCACCAUUUGAAAAGCCAAUUUAUAUUUCGAUGUCAACUUUUAUUCAGACGUUUAAGGAACACUAAUCUGAAAGUUUGAAUAUAUGUGCUGCUAUGAA